GACGGUAUAGAUAAGAAUGUCUAAAAGAAGUGCAUCCGAAGAUUUGGUCCCAGACGCUUCUGGCUCGGCCAAGACUGGAAGAGACUCAUUACCUCAAGCCAAUACCACAAAUAAUGGCGAUGAGGUUGAAAUGGGAGAAUUUGAAGAUCCUUAUGGGGAUGAUUUUGAAAGUGAUGGUGAAAUUAUUGAACUUGAUUCUGCCAAUGAAAAUGAAGAACAAGAUGAUGAUAGAAUGGAAGAAGAUGGUGAAAAUAAACUCGAAGAAUUAGAAAGAAAAGACCAAGAACAAGAACAAGAACAAGAACCAACCAUUUAUUUACCACACAAAUCCAAGCCAUUGGGUCCUGAUGAAGUCUUGGAGGCUGAUCCUUCUGUGUAUGAAAUGUUACAUAACGUUAAUUUACCAUGGCCAUGUUUGACCCUUGAUAUCUUACCAGAUAAUCUUGGAAAUGAAAGAAGAAAUUAUCCAGCAUCUGUUUAUGUUACCACUGCAACCCAAGCUUCUCGCAGUAAAGACAAUGAAUUGAUUGCAAUGAAACUUUCUUCAUUGGCCAAAACUUUGGUCAAAGACGAAGAUGAUGAAGAAGACGACGAAGAAGACGAAGAUGAUGACAAUGACGCUGACCCAAUUAUGGAUUCUGAAACCAUUCCAUUGAAGCAUACCACUAAUAGAAUCAGAGUUUCUCCACAUGCUGCUGAAACUGGUGAAUACUUAACCGCUACCAUGUCAGAAAGUGGUGAAGUUUUCAUUUAUGAUUUAAGUCCCCAAUAUAAAGCAUUCGAUACUCCAGGUUUUAUGAUUCCUAAAUCAGCUAAAAGACCAGCCCACACCAUCAGAAAUCACGGUAAUGUUGAAGGUUAUGGUUUAGACUGGUCUCCUUUAAUUAACACUGGUGCUUUAUUAUCGGGGGAUGUUUCUGGUAGAAUCCAUUUAACUAACAGAACCACUUCUAAUUGGGUUACCGACAAAACUCCCUUUUUUGCAUCCCAAUCCUCAAUCGAAGAUAUCCAAUGGUCUACUGGUGAAUCAACUGUUUUCGCCACUGCUGGUUGUGACGGUUACGUUCGUAUCUGGGAUACUAGAUCCAAAAAACAUCAACCUGCUAUUUCCGUUCAAGCCUCCAAUACUGAUGUUAACGUUAUUUCCUGGUGUAGUAAAAUCAAUCAUUUAUUGGCUUCUGGUCAUGAUGAUGGUACUUGGAGUGUUUGGGAUUUGCGUAACUUCAACUCUCCAACUACUCCAUCUCCAGUUGCAAACUAUGAUUUCCACAAAUCUCCAGUUACCUCUAUAUCCUUCAACCCAUUAGAUGAAUCUAUUAUUGCCGUCUCUUCUGAAGAUAACACCGUCACCUUAUGGGAUUUAGCUGUUGAAGCUGAUGAUGAAGAAAUCUCUCAACAAAGAAAAGAAGCCCAAGAAUUGCAUGACAUCCCACCUCAAUUAUUAUUUGUUCACUGGCAAAGAGAUGUUAAAGAUGUUAGAUGGCAUAAACAAAUUCCUGGUUGUUUAGUCUCCACCGGUGGUGAAGGUUUAAAUAUUUGGAAGACAAUUUCUGUUUAGAGACAGUAAAACAUCCGAAAACUGCAUUGGAAUACCAAACUAAUGCUUAAUGGAAAGUUCUUUUUUUUUUUAUUUUCAAUAGAAGAAGACUCUUUUGUAUAUUAGUUAGACAAGCUUAAUAAAAAUUCAUGCUAC